UUGAUGUGUUUUCUUGUCACAGGGUAUUGAACGGUGAAUGAUAUGAUGUGUCCUUUUCUAUCACCGGAUCUUUAAUAAAUUAAACAAAAAAAUCGAUUUUGGACCAAACUGUCAGCGCUCUCCAGUAUCAUCUUGAAAAUAUGGCAAAAGAAGUUGUUGGUGCGUUUCCAAAUAUCCCUUGCCGUUUGACUAUAAACUCAUCCAAGGAGCACAUGGAACAUCUGCGACUGACAAUGGCAGAGGAGCUUCUGAAAGCCUCAGAUUGAAUGUCACUGCUGCAAGACGGGGUUUCAUGUGGCAUGCCUUUCUUUGUCAGAGAAGCAGUUUAAAAGGGCUCAAAAGGUUGACUGGAAGUGCUGCCUAUGUAAAUCAUUUUGAAUUCCUUUGGCUCCCAUCCACAAACUAAACAUGUACAUAAAUAAAUGAAAAGAAAACAAAUAAAACAAAAAAUGUUUGAAAUAUUAAAACAUUCGUGGAUCAUCAGUUCUUUUAAUUAUUUCAUUAAUAGGACGUCUAUUUUUUGAAGAAAACCAUUCAAUCCAGUACGGGCCAUUUUAAUCUCCUUUAUGCAUUCGUGAAGGUUUUUUAUGGUUUAUGCAUUGUAGGGUUACAUAUCAAAAAUCUAAAAGGUGUGCGUCAUACCUGACACCUAGUCGAACACUUUCCAGUUGGUUUUGUGACUGUACAUCAUUCCCUUCAAAUGCUAUUGAGCUUUUAAAAAAAUGGUAUAUUUUGUGUAUGGGCCCAUUCGGUAGUGAAAUUCAUGUCUAAUUUAAAUGUGAUUUAAUAGCUUAUUUUGAUAAAUAUCAAAAAUCUAAAAGGUGUUUCUCAUACGUGACACCUAGAAGAACACUUUAAAGUUGGUUAUAUGACUGUAAGUCACUCCCUUCAAAUGCUAUUGAAGUUUUUGAAGUUGAAACGUGUAUAACAAUGUCGUAUGUAUCUUUAGAGACGGUCCCUUAAUUUCCACAUAUCUGCGAAUAUCGAACGUCCAACGUCAAAUCAACUUUAUUCCAGUCGGUAGGACUGUCUAGCCCUGAGUGACUGUCCUCUCCGCUCGGUUUUGCUCUUUCCUUUUCCUUCUUUUUUUUUUUAAACCUGGUGAGGAGGAGGAGGAGGAGGAGGAAAGGGGUUGUUCUGAAAUCUAUCAGUGCUUAUGAUCGAACAGAUUCUCCGGAUUCAUAUUUCCUUACAGUAUUUCCAGACUGAAGGUGAUGAAGGCACUGUGUUGGGAUUUGAUACACACCGCUGCUGGUGCUGGCGGUGGUGGUAUUGAUGCUGGUGGUGCUGCUGCUGCUGCUGGUAGUGAUCCUGGUGGUGGUGCUGGUGGUGGUAGUGAUGCUGAUGGUACUGGUGGUAGUGGUGGUAGUGGUGGUGGUGGUGGUAGUGGUGGUGGUGCUGGUGAUGGUACUGGUGGUAGUGGUGCUGGUGGUGGUGCUGGUGGUGGUGGUAGUGAUGCUGAUGGUACUGGUGGUAGUGGUGGUAGUGGUGGUGGUGAUGGUACUGGUGGUAGUGGUGCUGGUGGUGGUGCUGGUGGUGGUACUGGUGGUAGUGGUGAUGGUGCUGGUGGUAGUGAUGCUGGUGGUGGUGGUACUGGUGUGGUAGUGGUGCUGGUGUUGGUGUUGGUGGUGGUGGUGGUAGUGGUGGUGGUGCUGCUGGUAGUGAUACUGGUGGUGGUGGUGCUGGUGGUAGUGGUGCUGGUGGUGGUGGUGCUGGUGGUGGUGGGGAUUAAGACCUGCACGCACUGUUAGUGGUGUUGAUUGUAGGUUAUGUGAAUAAAAGUGUAAACUAUUGAUAUACACGGUGGUGUGUGUGGUUAUUGUUUGUUUAUUUGUUUUUAAACAACAGCCCCAUCUUGAGGUGCAGAGCUAAUAUUACACCUGGUGAUUUCAUGAUUUCUUUUUAUUUUUUAUUUUUAUGCCCGCUUUUAUAUACAGAGCGACUACAAUUUCACUUACACGGCAAUUUACAGCAAUACAAUCACUACUCCUCCUACUAACUGCCUCUACUACUUCUUCUCCUACUAUUAUUACUACUGCUACUACUAUUACACUUCUUGCUCCUCUUCCUGCUAUGAUCUCUAGCACCACCACCACUACUGUUACUACCGCCACUGUUACUACUCCUCCUACUACUACUACUUCCACCACCACUACUACUGCCUCCAUUACUACUCAUACCCUCUCUAUUAUUACUGCUACCACCAUUACUGCUACUACCACUAAUACCAAUACUAUUAUUACUGCCACUGCUACUAUUACUACUACUAUUACUGCUCCUCCUCCUCCUCCUACCACUGCUACUACUAAUAUUAUUUCUACUCCUACUUCUAUCACUACUUCUACUAAUAACCUCUACUCCUUCUCUUCCUCCUCCUCCUACCACUACUCCUAUUCCUACUCCUACUAGUAUUUCUACUCCUGCUGCUAACACUACUACUACUACUACCACUGCUACUCCUCCUACCACUACUAUUACUACUCCUACUGCUACUAUUACUACUCCUUCUCCUCCUACCACUACUACUCCUACUCCGACUACUAUU